GCCCAGCAGCAGGAGUCGGAGAGGCUGGCUGGCGGUAUUGUAAACAACGACUCUUGCUGAAUCGUCUUCAACAAAUUUUCGUCAUUUUUCACCACUGAACCUUCAACAUUUACUAAACCUACACUCUAAAACUACCAUGACAUUUAUCAGUGUCAGUUAGUUGAAUAACAAGGCCGAAUGAAAAGCGAGUGGCGGGAAAAGUGUGAUAAACGUCUUGGUUAAGCGGCAGGUGUGGUUCAUGGAUCAAGAUGGCGGAGGGAAUGUUAUCCCUGUCUUGGAACAACCACAGUGUCACCUUCUGUCACAGUCUGAUAUCACUCAGAGCUAAGGAGAGGUACACCGAUGUGACACUGACAUGCGAAGGCAGGUUUUACUCGGUCCAUAAACUAGUGUUAUCAACAUGCAGUGAUUAUUUUGAAAACAUAUUUGAACACACGCCGUGCAAACAUCCUGUCAUUGUAUUGAGGGAUGUCAAGUGUGAUGAGCUAGAGGCACUAUUAAGCUACAUGUAUGCUGGUGUUGUAAGUGUUGCACAGACUGACUUGCCUCGACUCAUAAAAGUGGCUGAGCUGUUUCAAAUUAAAGGUCUUGCUGUCCCUGAUGAACCACCCAAGAGUAGUGGUGUAUCACCAAGUGUACAGAAAAGUAGCAGUGAUAGGAACAGUCCUUAUGCUGCAAGAAGACACUCUCAGGGUUCCACUAAUGUAAGAAACAGUCCAAAUCCUAGAAGUAAAUCCGCCCAUAGUCAUAGUGAUGGAGUUAGUCCACAGCCAAAACGGAUGCGAAGUGAAGGUGAUAACACAAUGUUGCAAGACAGACUCAUCGCUCCCUCUGUGAGUCCAGCCCAGGGGAAAGACAGCUCACACAGCCCAGUGGUUGAGUGGUCAUCAGAACCCGGUAGAAGCUUGACAGGAGAGCAAGAAUUAGAAAAUACUGAAGACAUAGAUAGUAAAGCAGAGUCCAGUUCACAGGAUGCAGGAUGUGAGAUACAAAUUAAAGAGGAAGUGAUGGAUGACAUGAGGGGUGGUGAUGCCAGCAUAAGUGACUCUGGACUAGACUAUACUUCCAUGUCAAGUGAUGUAGUGUUGUCUAGAGGUGACCAGGGGUUAUCUUCAGGACAUAGAAGUGACCACAUAGAUGCAUCUAGUUUAAUGAUGAUGAAACUUGAACAUUCUAACACAAGCCAACAACCUGGAAUUCGGUCACUCAUUAGAGCAGAAGCCUAUGCUGAAGGGAUGAAUACCACUAUGCCAGGACCUUCAGAACUUCAAGGAUGGUUCGGUGGUGAAGCCAUGACUGGCUUAUCCAUGGUUAAAGGGAAUAUGGGUGAUGACGGUCAGCUGUACUCUCAGGACAUUUCACAGCAACACCGCGAGCGGGUGGAGUCAAAGACAGAUCAUCUGAAACAAGAUGGAAGAACAACUAGUGGCAAGAAUCAUCAGUGUCCUUAUUGUAAAUACUCUACAAAUCAUAAGAUCGGCUUAUCAAAGCAUAUACGUAUUCACACUGGAGAGAAGCCAUAUGCAUGCCCACACUGCCCUGCAGCAUUUUCUCAAAAAGGAAAUUUAAAGGCACAUAUACGUACUCAUACUGGGGAGAAACCAUUUGCUUGUACAGACUGUCCCUACCGAGCUACUCAGAAAAGCACUCUAGUUAAUCAUGUUUUAAGUAUUCAUAAGAAAUGUAUUUAAUGCAUGUACAUUAACUUGAAGAAACGUAGAAUAGAUUUAAUUUUAUGUUAGUGCUACAAAAAGAAUUUUAUUUAAGAAAACUGAACACUUGUGUAUUUCACAAACUGCAAAAUGUAGUUGUGUGUUUACCAAAAUUUGAAGUAUAUCAAGUGGAAGCAAAUAAUAAACCUCUGCAGACUGAAUAUUACCUUAAAUAUCUAUGAGUGAUGCACCAAAUGAGUACUGUACUGUAAAAUUUGACAUAUUAGUCAUGAUAACUUAUGGUGUGAUCACUCUGUCUCACUGUGUAUAGAAUUCUCAACAUUAAGGAUGAUGAGAUUAUGACUCCACCCUGCCCUCACCUAACUCUACCUUAACCCUCAUUUCUCUCAUCCUCACCUUAACCAUCUUCUACCUCAGAUCCUAUUUCCUCUUCUUUAACCGCUCUUCCCAUCAUCACUUUAGCCUCCUUCAUCUUCUCAUCUCCCCUACCUCACUUUUUUCUCCCAGCUUUACUUCAUCUGCAUGGUUUUCAACAACAUGGUAGCUCAGGCACCUAUAUUGAGCCUCAGAUAUAUUUUUGGUCCCUCUUUUAAUCAAAAGUUAUUGCCCCUUAUCAAAAUUACUGUGAGCCAAAGUAUACAAUGACUUAAUAAUUGCUUUGGAUACAUUAAGGUAAUAAACACUGAAAAGUCUCUAAUCUUUUGUUUAAGAUAUUACAUUGCAUUUCUUUAGAAGUACUGUACACUACUACCAUGAUUAGCUAUUCUGUUGCAAUAUGCUAUUUACAAGAAAAUAUCAACAAUAAUACACUUUUUUUUCAAUAUUUUGCACUUUAGACUACAGUAAUUUAGGAGACAGUGCAACCUUAAUAAUUUAGAACUCAAAACUUUGGUUCCUACUGUUAUCCUUAAAAUUUACUCAAUAAUGCUGUUAUUUCAGAGGUCCAAAAAAUCCUCAGAAAUCAAUAAAGGAGCAAAGGGGCUCAGAGGUACAAUACUGUAGUGAGUAUACAGGUACUGUAGUUCACAGAAUCACCAAUCACAUCUGGGAGCUUUUGAUUUCUGCCUCCCAGCUGCCAUCUUAGAUAUUUUAAUGUGCCCAGUUAAUUUUGAUUUAAUGGCAGUGAUUUAUUUAUUUUUCGCAUAUGUUUUAUUUCCUUUAUGAUAUCUAACAAGAGAUCAAUGCGUUGUAAACAAUAUGGGUGUUCUCAAGGCUGAAUACAAAGGUUUGAAUAUAGCAUGGCAGUCAUCCUACAAAGACUAGUGGUGAACUGAUGUUGGCUGAUAAUGAGGCUGCUGAAAAGUACAUUACCUUAUUUUUUAAGUUAAUGAAGGACACAAAACUUAUCACUGAACAUAUUUAUUAUGCAGAUGAGACUGGUGUUGUUUUGGAGGUGGUAUAUAGUGUCAAAAAGUUUAAGAAGUUUACUGUUCUAUUGUGUGCAAAUGCUGCUGGCAUGCAUAAAUAUAAGCUGCUAUUUAGAGGGAAGAAUGCUAGGAUUCAUUCUCAGCAAAACUUGAAAAUUAUGCCUGCACUUUAUAAGGCUAAUACAGUAAACGAACAUGGAUCUCCCAAGAAAUAACUACUGACUGCUGUACCCAUAAUUUUGUACCUAAGGUUGAUGCACAAUGUUGCAAGAUGGAGCUGUCAGAGGACUGUAAAAUUGACUUACUUUUUAAUAACUACUCAGCUCACCCUCCUGUAGAGCAGAUGGAUGCCAACUACAGUAUGUGUCUACCAUUAAUGCAGCUCUUGCAUUUUAUUAUGUUUUUAUUCACAAGUCUGGAAGGGGUUUGGUCAUAAGCUUUUCCAGUUCUUGAGGCUGUACUCUACUGUAUUUUGCAUUGAAGGUGACACAAAAAUAUGCAUGUUUAGAUAAUCAGUAACUAAAAAACAUUUAUUAAAGAAGAUAUACCUCAUACUAGACCACAUAUACACAGGUGAAAUUUAGAACAUGCCGGUACAACAUUAAUUUUUUGUCAUUUGCAGUGUACAGUAUACAACUAUUUAGAAAGUCAUUCACAACUUGAUACAUCACAGUUGUUACAGGAAGCUAACUUUGUGAGCCACCAAGCAUGUAUCAAAUUACAGCACAGUACUGUAUACUACUUGUCUUAAGAUUUUGUAUUUAUAAUUACUGUUUAUAUCGUACAUACAUGCAGUUGUAAACUAUUCCAGAUGGCUAACAGAGGAUGAGGGAGACAACUCUUGCCUUUUUUUUAAAUUCACUAUUGUGCAGUAAGUUAGUCACAAGCAUUGUAAUACAGAGAUUCUGCUGCUACUGUUAUUCAUUUAAUCAUUUAGCAUCUAUAUAAAGAAUAUUUGUAAAGUAAAUACCUAUAAAAUGUAACUUUAGUAUUACAGACUGUUGAAUCGUCUUUUAUGAUAUUCUUUUUUAAAUAAAUAUAAAUAAUUUUUCAGGAUUUUAACCCAGAUCGGCAAGAUUACUUGUUCCCCACUAAGACACUGUUCUUCACCUGCCUGCUAUUUCUCUAUAGAUUUUGUAUUGUUAAAAACCCAGAUCUCUUCACUUUCACCUCAUCUCCCUGGUCUAUUCUUGUAAAACCUCAGGUGUAGUGAAAAAUUAGGUUAAAGAAAAGUUCUUUCUGUAAAGUGUAAAUAAUUUUAACUGUAUGGUCAGAGUGAUAUACGUAGUAAUAAUUUUGGCUGCUCAGGUUAUGUCAAGUCAAUUUUUUUCCAGUCAGAUGGUCAAGGCUUGAUGAGAUCUACAUUGAUUUAGAAAAUUCUUUGAAGUUGAAACUACAGUAUUGACUAGGAAAGUACAGUACUAAUAAGUAGCCUUAGGUAAGGAAAAUGAUAAAAUAGAAGUUACUGUAUAUCAAAUCCAAGAUGUAGAGUAUUAAAAUAAUGGCAAUAAUAAAGGAAGCAGAGAUAAAGACAUCUUCACAUCCUGAGACCUUCAUGUUUAAUGGGUCAAGGUCAGUGGACUAAAUGAGAGGUUAAGCAAGUGAAUCUAAGCCUUUGGCCUGAUACUACGUUCAAUUUAUUUUGUGAAACUCAUCUGUGUUUUGUAAUUGCAGUACAGUGGUCCCUCGGUUAACGAGCACAAUCAGUUCUAGAAGGUUGCUCGUUAACCGAAACCAUUGUUUCAAUGGGUUUUUGGGUAAUUGGUUCCA